GGCCGGUUUCCCUCCAGAAUGCUUUUCUCGACACUGCCACGAUCCCUGCAGGGUCUCGCCUGCUUUUCUUUAAGAUCAUUAACUCCUGCUACCGUCGUCGGUGCUCAAAAUCGAACUUUCGCGUCGGUCCUUCCGGACACUCUUACCGCCUCAAAGGCUGUCGCUCUCAGUGGGUCGAAAGCGAGGAUACCCGAAGGCCACUCGCGUCCGCAUCUUGGUGUCGAGGGUGAUUCCAAUCACGGGCUCUAUGGAUUCUUCCGUCGGAUCGAGAAGGACGGACAGGUAGAGUACGAGACUCUGCAGACCCGCGAGCAUGCCAAUCUUGGCUCAAGCCGGCCAUGGUCCGCUGCUGAACUCCGCCGCAAGAGCUUCAAGGACUUGCACACCCUCUGGUAUGUUCUCUUGCGGGAACGGAACCUUCUCGCCACACAGCAGGAGGAAGGAAGAAGACUAGGUAUCUUUGCAUCGCGGAUGUCAACUUCUGUACAGUCGCACAAGGUCCGCAAAUCCAUGGCACGUAUUAAGUACGUGAUCAACGAACGACGCCUGGCCUAUGAACAAGCAAUCAAGAUUCUUGAGGAGAAGAGGCUGGCAAAGCUGAGUGAAGAGGAGAAGCAAGGGGAGGAGCAGGAGGAGCAGAUCGCACGAGAAGAGCAAAAGGCGGAGCAAAAACUUGCCCCGGAGGCACCUCCGCAAGAAGUUAACCUUGCUGUCGAGGGACUAUUCGCCGGCACAUCACAGAAUGCGAAGCGGUCAUAGACUCCGGGCGGGUUUCAUCAUGACAUGUGUUCUCAUUAGCUUCCUCUGUCGUGUGCCGUUGUGUGCUAGCUGCCUGGUUCUAAUCUCAUACGCCGGAAUUCCGCUCUCGUC